AUGUCAACCUUGGUAGUCUUUGAUCAUAAAUCCAGCAAUCUGUUGGAGAGCGCCAAACACAUGAAUCCUACUAUGUACGAAGUGAUUGCAGAACCAUCCGAUGUCAACAGUCUCCAUGCUACACUAUCAAAUCUGAAUACCAAUAUUAAUGCCGGAGUACUUUGCUUGUAUUAUGAUGAACAAUCCAUCAAUGAUUUACUUGCGGGACGCCGAGAUGAUAUGAUCCAGACGAUACUGUCCUACUUGGUAGAGCGUCUUGAUAUGGUAUCUCAAAGGAGACCUUUGUUUGGUUUACUGAUUGUCACAGACACCUACACACAACCAUGUGUCAUCGAGACAUUCACCUCGACGAUACAAAACAAUGACAAGUUCCUCAAUCUCUUCAAGUGCAAAGGAGCAACGGUCAUCUGUCAGUCACUGAGCACCCGUGAGCUAGAGUUUAACAUCGAGUUAAUCACAAGGAGCAACACUUACGAUUGGGGACACGUUGAUGGCAAUUAUAGUCCUCGCACUCUCUGUGGCAUUACACCAAUAUCUAGCAGAAACAUUGGUCAAAGAAAGUGA